AUCUGCUAUAUCAUCCAUCAUGUCGCUUUUCCCAGCUUCUCAGCAGAGCACCACAACGCCGUCGCUGUUCGGCGGCAGCACACCAGCAAAACCUGCAACAGGCCUCUUCGGCGCGACCAACAGCACAACUACAACUACAAACACACCCACACCUGCUCCUAAUCUGUUUGGAAACACAAAUAAUACCGCAGCUGCGAGCAGUAAUACUUCCAUAGCGCUGCCUUCGUUUGGCGCGGGUACGACUCCUGCGAAACCACCGGCGACGAACAUGUUUGGAUCGAAUGCCAACACGGCAUCGCCCGCUCCUUCGGGUGGGCUCUUUUCGAUGAGCAAUAGUGCCGCGACGCAGCCAGCUACUGGUGGGCUUUUUGGCGCAAACACCAAUAACGCAGCUGCAAACACUGGAUUGUCGUUCGGAGGCCAGCAGCAACCACAGCAACAACAACAACAACAACAGCAGCAGCAGCAGCAGCUACAACAACAGCAACAGCAACAGCAACAGCCUCAGCAAAUCACAUCCCUAACUCGUCACAGUGAUCUACCAGAGUCCGCGCAGAAGGAACUGGACGCCGUCGAUAAUUACAUUUCUCAGCAGAUCGCCAUCUCUGAGGAUUUAAAAGCGAGGAAAGAAUCGCGGCAAGAGUAUUUACAGAGCGUUCCUCGUGAUGUCGAAGUUCUCAUGCGCAAACUCGCGACAACAAACCAAGCUCUAGCCAACGACCUUGCAGCCAUGACCGCGCAACGCCAAAUCGUCGAAACAGCAACCCAAGACGCAAAGCUCUGCGUCGAUCUCCUCCAGCAGCUCCGCAUCCAAGGCGCCCGUCUCCCGCCCGGCGACCCGCUCCUGGGAUUCUUUGAACGGCAGAUGCUCGAUCUCGAGCGCAAGAUUGGCGAUUAUAAGCUCGUGCUCGAGGAGGUUGAUCAUGCUGUUGAUGGGAUUGAGAAUGAGAUUGUGCAGGGGAGGAUUAGUGGGAGUAGUAGUGCGGAGGCGGUACUGUUGGCGUUGAAGGAGGAGUAUGCGGUCUUUAUGGCGAUGGGAAAUAGGGUUGCUGAGCUGCACCAUGCCGUAGCCAGGUUAGAAAGCAGAGAGAAGUAGAAAUGUAGAU